AUGGCGGCGGCGGCGGCAGAAUGUGGCCCCUCCAACGGCCUUCAGCGCUUCAAGCAGCACACAGCCGACUCGGUCGACCGCACGCUCCAGCAAGACCACCUCUCGUCACGCCGCCUCCACCCUGCCCAGGGCUUCCGCUCCACGACUCCCAAUGCCGCUGGCGUGCUGGACCCCGAAUUCGAGGCUUUCCAGGCCGGCGUCGACUUGUCGCUACAUGACCGUGACCACCAAGGUCUCUUCCAGCAGCCGGGCGCCUUUGGGAGCCCCUCACAUGCCCCGUCAUGGGCCACCGACUUUCAGCGCAUGGCCAUAUCGCAGCCUCCCGCUGCAUCAAUGCAGCACCAGCAGCAUUUUCAGCCACAAGCGAGCACGUCGGGUUGGGCACAGGCCUUUCAACAACAGCACAUCGCCCAGACAGCGCCUCGACAGCAAAACCCGUCUCCGUCGCCACACGCCUUCCAGCAGCGCGCACGCUACGGUCUCACUGGUCACCAGACCCAUUUCGCUCAGCCAAAUUAUGCGGUGUCCUCAAUGCAGAACAAGGGCAAGGCGCCAGUGCAGGCCGAGCGCUUCGAUGAGGCCGCAUUUGCUGCAGCUUUUGACCAGGCACAUAAUGACUUGAUGGCGGACGUGACAGACGAUGUGCAAGAAGAAGAAGUUCCAACUGCGCAGGAGCUGCUCGAUCAGCUAGAAGCGGACAAGUUUGAAGCCGCAGUCGAGGAAGCUGCGACGCAUAUAUUGAAGGAAGAUGGCCACGACUUAGACAUGGCAGAACUACAUCCCAUGGCCAGGGCACAUGGUCCCGAUAUCGAGCAUGAGACAACGAAUGCCUUACGAGAAGAUCAGCAAGACCAGAUCAAGCCGCAUCAUGACGAUGAUGCACUGGCGGCAACAGCAGAGGAGCUGUUGGAAAAGGUCAAACACAACCAAUCGGAUAAGUUCAGAAACAGCCAGUUUCUGGCCCUCAUGCGGAGGUUGAAAGACCGGGAAGUGAGAGUCGAAGGUGACAAGAUGGUCGAGACUGUCAGUCCCACCCACAGCCCUGAUGCUACCAGCAUGAGCCCACCCACACCAAUAACUCCUCAAGACUACCAUGCGCACUACUCCCUUGCGUAUGACACUGGUCACGAGUGGGAUCAUUGGGAAAACACGACACUAAACGCCUCUAGCUUCAGAACUGAGCUUGGAAAACAUGACCAGUCGCCGAUUGAUACACGACCGCCUGAUUACGGCAUUCCUUCAUUCGAACAAGACCACGAUCAUGGCAGAGUCGCUUCGCGCCCCGACGGGCAAGAUGUGGUCGACCUGCUUAAUCGGCCUGGUCCUCUGACGGACGAAAGCCCAAUCGAGGACGCAGAGCCCGAGCCGAUGAUUGAUGAUAUGGUGGCCUACGAUCCCUCCUUCUCCGAACUCAGAGUUCCUAAUGACUUCACCGUUCUACCAACCGUGAGCAUGAAUGGCCUGACACAAGCUUGCAGAGGUGCCGAUGGAUCACUACAGACCGUGGCCUAA